UGCGACUGCAGAAGUAACACGAAUGAAUAGUGAAGAACUGGACGCAUUUAUUCGAGACGUUGUGAGAGAAGUUCUUGUGCGUUCGCCCGUGCACUUCUCCGAUGGUAUUGCUCGUGGUCUUUCACGAACAGACCUUCUUGUCUACUUGCACUCCGCCUCACACGAGUCAAAUGCAGCGGAUUCUCAAGUGGCGGCGGGCAAAAAUUCCACGUUGUCUGCAAGCGCGGGACGAGAAGAAUUACGCGGUAUUUUGGGUGCCGGCCUUUCUUCCACGGCAGCUACAGAGGAGGCUGCAGGAACGAAGCCAAUAGCAGAAUAUCUUACCAUUAGUCCGUUCACGACGAAAAGGGUCAUUGCCGUGCUGUUGAAACUUACACGAACCUUUGAUGGCACCACGACGGAGUUUUUGUACGGACCCGAGGAAAUUAAGAGCGCGGUGCGUCAAGUGAUGCAACAACUUGGCGGUGUUGGUGGAAGCGGCAGCGGCAGAAGCGGUAUUAUUAGCAAUGUGUCGUCUGUUCCCCCGCAGCUGAUGGUAACUUUGAUCCUUGCUUGCAAAAUCCACGCCCAACGGCCACACGCGGACCUUGUUCGCUUUGUCCAUCAUGUGGUGCUUUUGCCGCUUGCGAAGGAUGCCACAUGGGAGAAGGACACGAAGCUCUGGCGUGGUGUCUUGUUGUUUGCAGAGGAGCACUACCGGGAGUGCAGCAGCUUUCUUGUUAACCUGCCGGAGAAGGUGCUCAUUCAGGCAUUGCGCAGCCAACCCCAGCUUCGCGAGUACUUCAGGGAGGAGCAUGGCAAUAACGCCGCCUUUGGCCACAUUCUGGGAAGUUUGUAA